AUGGUUGAUUUCCUAGCGGCAUUUCCACUGCCACAACAUGCCCAACAACAGGAAACAGAACAGCCUGAACAAGAGGAUACCGUAGGAAUGGCAGCUGCUACUAAUAAUAAUGAUGCUUACUUGGAACCAAUUCCGCUCAAUGAUACUGGUGGCAACAAUGACGAAGUGUUGGGGUUAAUGGCUGACGCCGAAGACGAGCUCUUUAUGGACUUGAGGGAUGAUAAACGCAACAGUGCCAUCGUUAAGGAAAAUAAUGCACUGAAGCAUUUCGAUUGCUUCAGCAAGUUGCGAGCGGAUCAAAGCGGCACUACUUUCAUAGCUGCCAGGGAUAUCCAGUACAGUGGCACUGAAGCUGAAAUGAAAAAGCUGGCGGCGGCUACGAGCUGGUCUUUUGGCUAG